AAUAUAACAUUACAUUGCAUUUUUUAUAUAUCACAAUGUGCCUAAAUAUCUUGCAAUUUCUUUCUCGUAAUUGUGCCUAUAUUUCACAAAGUGACUAUUUCUUGCACUUACGAUUUUCCUUAAUUGCAACAUUUUUCACACAACUGACAUUAUAAUAAUGUGAUCACACAAUUUUUACUUUGCCGUAAUUUUUUGUAAAUGCAACUUUAUUUCUUGGGAUUACGACUUUAUGUCUAAUAAUUGCAUUUCUAUAUCUUGCAAGUGUGACUUUAAAUCUCACAGUAUGACAAUUUCUUUUUCACAAUUACCUCUAUUUGUAGUAGUAAAUUGCACCAACUAAUACAGAGAUAAUGAUGCACCCUUAAAUGCUUUUAGAGCAAUUCUCACAAACCUGACACCCAAACCUUUGCAAGAGACAAACACAUACAAAGUAGGACAGAGAAAUUGUAACUUACAAGCACAGUAUAGGAUGUCAGUGUGUAUGUGUGUAAGACUGGAUGUGCUGAGUCAUUGUGUAAGAAUAGAUCUCUCUCUCUCUCUCUCGCUCUGUGUGUGCUUCAGUUGUAGUUUUUCUCCAUUAAAAAAUUGACAGUUUGAAGUAAUGGUGACUAAUGCAGAAGCGACAGACACAUUAUGUAUAAAAGUAUGAUUCAGAUAGUUUAUUAUUCGUUUUGUGCAUUUGUGUCUAGGUGGGUGUGAUGAAACAACAUAGUUGAAUCAUUUACAUAUUUAACUUUCAACCAAUUAGAACAGUAAAUACUAGACUUACUCAUGACUGACGCACACUAGUACAUUCUCCAGUGUUUGUGCCAGUAUGCAUAAGAUAAAUGUCCAUUGGUUGAGAAUGAAAUGGUUUGUUCAUUCUGUCAUCAUUUAGUGAGCAGGAAGACCAAGAUUAUCAGUAGAUAAUGACUUAAAUUUCUGUAUAUUACAUAAUGUUAUCAUAUGGCUUCAGAAGGCUUGGAACCGGGCUUCACUACUUUUUUAAUACUUUUAUCGUGCUUUAAUGAGUUCCUGUCCUUUCAGCUGACUAUAAACUGCCAUGAAUCAAAUAAAAUGUCUACUCUUGUGUUCCAUAGAAAAAAACAACAGCAUAUGGGUUUGAGGCAACAUAAGGGACCUGAUGAUAUUCAACGCAACGCUUCAUCAUUUCAGUGAUCCAGCUGCGUGGGUUGAACACUGAUGCUCCGUAUCUCUGAUGCUGAUGCUGGUUCAUCGCCCUUGCGCUGUUGCUGCAUUCUAGGAUGUUGCGACAAGUGUUGCACGAAGGGCUUAGGACGUCAUUCCACAAACUGGGCCACUUUGUCGCCAAUCACCCGGUGUUUUUCGCCUCCGCGCCCGUGCUGAUUUCCAUCCUGCUGGGCGCGAGCUUCAGCAGAUACCGCAUAGAGGAAAACGUGGAGUACCUGUUAGCUCCCAAACACAGCCUGGCGAAGAUCGAGGGGAACUUGGUGGAUAGUUUGUUCCCCGUGAACCGGUCCAAACACACGCUGUACUCGGACUUGCAAACACCCGGGAGAUAUGGCCGGGUCAUCGUGACUUCGCGCAGGGGGAGCGUGUUGGACCCCCACCACGUCAACUCGGUCCUAAAGUUACACAACACAAUCACUCAGAUCCAGGUUCCUAUGCUGGGAUUCAACUACACCUUUGCCCACCUCUGCCUGCUGGAUGAUAGCAAGAGCUGCAUCGUGGACGACAUCCUGCGGGUUCUGGAAGAGAUGAGAUCGGCACGGGCUUCCAACCGUUCAGCACCCCCUCUGCGUUAUCCAAUCACCAAACUCAAAGAUGGACGGGAGGCCUACAUUGGGCACCAACUGGGCGGAGUCCUGGCAGGCGGAGGGAGAGACGGGGUGCGUUCUGCUCGAGCCCUUCAACUCACGUACUACCUGCAAGCGGCCAGCCCACUGAACGAAGUGGUGGCGGCCAGCUGGGAGCUGCUGUUCUGCAGGGAGCUGGAAAACUUUGUUAAAGCUCAUCCGGAGCUUAGUCUGUACCCUUUUACCUCCUCUUCUCUUCAGAGGGACUUCCAAAGGACCAGUCGUGUAUCAGAGCGGCCGCUGCUCUUUAGCCUGGCUGCGUGUCUCUCACUGGCCAUGCUGUGCUGCUCAAUGCGAGACUGUGUGCGUACAAAGCCUUGGCUGGGUCUGCUGGCUCUGGUGACCGUCAGCCUUGCUACACUCACCUCUGCCGGCAUCUUCAACCUCACAGGAGGGAAAUACAAUUCAACAUACCUGGGCAUCCCUUUUGUCAUGUUAGGUCAUGGUUUGUUUGGCACAUUUGAGAUGCUGUCGUCUUGGCGUAGGACACGCGAGGACCAGCAUGUGAAGGAGCGGGUUGCUGCUGUAUUCUCAGACUGUAUGCUGCCCUUCACAGCUAGCACGGCCUUGCACGUGGUCACCUUCGGCAUCGGGGCCAGUCCAUUCACAAACAUUGAGGCCGUGCGUCUCUUCUGUCGGAACGCCUGUAUCUCAGUUCUCUUCAACUACCUCUACAUCCUCACCUUCUACGGCUCCAACCUGGUGUUUGCCGGCUAUCUGGAAAACAACUACCGUCACAGUCUAUUCUGCAGGCGCGUACCGAAGCCUGAGUUGCUGCAGCAGAAGCCGGCGUGGUACCGCUUCCUCAUGUACACACAUUACAACGAGGAGGCCACAGAAGCAGGACCCCUGCGUGCUUACGAGAGUCACCUGCUGGUAGCCUUUAUGAAACGGUACUAUUGUGACUGGAUCACCAACACCUACGUCAAACCAUUCGUGGUUCUUUUCUACUUGGUCUAUGUUUCCUUCGCCCUCAUGGGCUACCUUCAGGUCAGUGAAGGGUCAGAUCUUAGUAAUGUGGUUGCCACAGAAACAAGCACUAUAGCAUACACCCGUGCCCAACAGCGGUAUUUCAGCAGUUAUAGCCCCGUGAUUGGCUUCUACAUCUAUGAGUCCAUUGAGUACUGGAACACUAGCGUGCAAGAGGACCUACUGGAGUACACCAAAGGUUUUGAACGCAUCUCCUGGUUCGAGAGUUACCUAAACUACCUUCACGGGCUGAACAUCACCACUAGCUUGUCACGCAGCAACUUCACAGAGCGCCUGCGGUCUGGCUUUCUACGCCAACCCCGCUAUGUGCAUUUCUCGGAUGAUAUCAUUUUUGCCAAACGUACGGAUGGGGAAUUUGAUGUGGUGGCCUCACGUAUGUUUCUCGUGGCCAAGACGACAGAAAACAAACGAGAAGAGAUGUCAAUCCUACUGGACACACUGAGGAAGCUGUCGCUGACCUCCAGGGUGAAGUUCAUCAUCUUCAAUCCAUCCUUUGUGUAUAUGGACCGCUAUGCCUCAUCAGUUGGAGCACCGCUGAAGAACUCUUGCAUCGCUGCUCUCUUUCUGCUUUUCUUUUCCACCUUCUUGGCAGCUGACCCACUGGUCAACGCCUGGUUGACUGUGACAGUAGCCUCUGUUGAGUUUGGGCUGGUGGGUUUCAUGACUCUGUGGCGGGUAGAGUUGGAUUGUGUCUCAGUGCUGUGUCUGAUCUACGGGGUGAACUAUGCUGUGGACUCCAGUGCUCCGCUGGUAUCUGCAUUUGCUCUAGGUCGGGAAUCCACUCGUACGCGCUGGGUGAAACUGGCUCUGGAGCGACAUGGAGUUCCUGCCCUGCAGAGCUACUUGUGUUAUGGGGCAGCUCUGCUCCCUCUUGCGGCCGUGCCCUCGAACCUUACCCGCACACUCUUCAGGUGCCUCUUUCUCACCGCCAUCAUCACCGCCUUCCACUGUUUGGCCAUUCUCCCCGUCCUGCUUACCUUCCUUCCUCCCUCCAAGAAAAAACGAUGCGAGAGAAAGAAUGGUGCGGAAAACAGGGAAGAAAUUGAGUGCAUGGAGAUGGUGGACAGCACACGUGUGGUUGAUCAGAUUACCACUGUCUGACCACAUGCCUGAAAAAGAGAGGCAGUCUGCAGGAUGUACAAGAGAGAAAAAAAACAAAACACCCCCAAGGGGGUGACAGAGGAAGACCUGAGAUACGAGAGUUAGUCUUUGUGCAGCUGGGCUUCCAGUUCCCAUACUUAGGGCAGAGAUGGCUUUUGAGUACUUCAUGGGUGUACUUUCGCAUAAACAAGUAUGAGGCCACAUUUUAAACAAGGCUUUUGUUUGAUGGUAAAAGCAGUAGAUGAGUUUGAGGUUGAGCCGUUAGUGCUAUAUGUAUCGUUGUCAUGGUAAAAGCCCUAUGCAGGUUUGCUGCAGCUCAAUGAGAGUGAGGAAGGCCAGAUGAACCACACUGCUGCACAGUUGCAGAUAAUCACAGAGGGGGGCUCCUCUGGUCUGCAGUAUUACAGCAGCAGUAGAGCGGAAACAGUAACAAGCUAUUGCUUUGACAAAGCACUUGUAGAGACUUACAAUAUUUCUGAUGCCCCAAGAACCAUAACAAGACUUUCAAGGGCACUAAGCUAAAGUCCAAGCAGCCAUAUUCAUAUCUGCUGAUAGCCAUGACUUUAAUGUGCCCCUCUUCUCAGAGGUUAGAGGUUUUGGUGUGACCGUAUUUUUGGGAUAUAGUGGUAUUAAAAUUGCACAGCAUUUAAAAAGAUCAGAAGGUUCAUAAUAUUUUCAUGGUGACAGUCACCUCCCCCACCAUAACUAAUGUCUCAGAGGCAUUUAAGGCUGAUCUUGUAUAAGGGAAUCUAUAAGAAGAAGAAAAGGAUAGGGUAGGAAAAAGAGAAGAACAGAAGGAGGUAUGUGCUGGAGAGAUACACAGAAGCAAGACUCUGCUGACAGGUUGGUAUGCAGUGCAUUGCUUCCAUGGUAACUCUGGUCACAGUUUAGUUGCAUAGUGUAUGUAUAAUUUCCUACCCCCUAAGUUCAAUAAGGGUAAUGGUUACCAAUUAAGUUGCACUGCAGUGGGAGUAUAAUCUAUGAAGGAUUUAUCCCUGCUGCUCCUUGCUUAUUUUGUUUGCCUCUAAAAAUGCUGAAAAUCACCUUGUCACAGACAACGCUCUUCAUCAAUAUGCAUGAGUCUCUUCAUUUUCACCCUACUUUGCCCUCUGUGUAUGAGAGGCUUGAAAAAGAAAAAAAAAGAGAUAUAAAGAGACCUGGAGAAUAAAGAGAGUAUAGGAAAGGAGCAUCUGGCCUAUCAAAUCCACUUACUUUUCAAAUUCUCCUUGGCCCCAAAAGCAAUUGAUAUCAAAUCAAUCAUGAGGUAAAACAGCAUCCCCUUUAGUUUUAAAAAUGUAAAAUAGGUUUUUUGAUCAUUCCCCGCCUACUUGACCACCGGCCCUCCAUUGUUCUCCUAAGUAGUACUUUUGAAUCGCUGCACAGCCCACAAGCAUCUGGAUGAGAUGUAUACACACCUAUAUGGCUAAUUUAAUCUGCCCCCAUAUAUUUUCAGUGCUAGAGCCUCUCACAGCUGAUCUUACUGAUCUCAGUGCAGUAGCCAGUAUUCAAGACUCUCUCAAACUAAUCCAAGUAUAGUGCUCUGAAAGAUUCUCUCAACAAUUUAAUUAAAGUGUUCUAAGAUCUUUGAGUGAUCUCAGACCAGCAACCCAACUGCAGCUUUCACUGAUCUCAGCAUGCUGUUGAUCUCAGCUCUGUCUGAUCUCAUAACAGCACUGUAAAUAAAACUCACUAAUCUCUGAAAAGCACUGAAAUACAUCAAAUACAUCCUGUUUGUUCAGCACUUCUGUUGACAGGCCCUAUACUGAAUAAAAAAUGAUUUUCUUAAUCAGUACUUUUGUUUAUCAAAACUGCAUAAAAUAGUAAGGCUUGUUUUCAGAGAAUACACCUUGCAUUCAGUUUAUUUUUCGUACCCCUUUGACAAAUAAUAGUUUUAUCAUAAAUGAGCCUUAAUAUGAAAUUCAAUUUUGGUUAAGUAAAUUUAUCUUGUGUGAAUAUAGAACAAAAAAGAAACAAAAUGUACUCAUUAAGAAAAUUAUUUUGUGCAGUGUAAUAUCAAUAAUUUCAUUUUGUAGGAUCAGCAGUGUGGUUUUAUGUGAGUAAAAUGGUCCAGUUAUGUCUAUGUACUUGAAUGUACUUGAAAGCGUGUACCCUUUAAGAGAAAUACAGUAUCAUGGACUUAGAAUGAUCUUCAUUUUAUAAAUGAAGCUUAAAAGUU